UUUAUAGGGAAAAAUAAUUGAAGUUAUUUAUGUAACUUUGUUUAUAACUACAGAAUAAUUUAUUAGAGAAGUUCGGUGUAUAACAUAAACAGUCCAAGUCCAACAAUAUACAUUUUGCAAGUCGUGAACAUGUUAGAAGCAGAAACAAAAAAUGAAUGGACAAUACUGGAUUACCUGAAUGAUGACUGCUGGUGUGCUGUGCUGCAAUAUGUGCCCGUCCGGGACCUUAUCCGAACAGAGGGCACCAGCAGGCAUUGGCAGAAACGACUACUGCAGUACUUGCGAGGAGUUCAUUUAGCUGUUAUAGAAACAUAUGAUUUCUAUAGACCCAAGACUCCCAAGAGACAUGCAAAUGAUACUAGAUUAAAUCUGCAGAAACAAGCUUAUGAGUCAUUUGCGAUGUGGACUAACAAACUAGGCUCUUCAGUAGUGGCUACUGACUGCUAUAGUUUGGAAACUUUGAAAAUAAUUAGAGAGAACUGCCCUAAAUUGGAAAGCCUAUUUUUUCACGAUCUGCCUGACAGCUGUGGGUCAGGAGUGUUUCCCUACAAUCUGAAUAAGGACUUCCAGAGCUUGAAGGGGCUAUGUUUCAAUAACUGCUGUGUAACAGACAACUGCAUCAACCAAUUUAUAGCCGACAAACCAUUAGAAGACUUAGACAUUCGUCAUUGUACAAAAGUGACAGGGGAUUUUUUAAAUACUAUAAACCUGUCAAGCUUAAAAUCCCUUGCCUUAAUUUCAUGCGAUAAUUUCGACCUGGAGCACUUGAUUUGCGCCGACCUUGGCGAGUUGACGAGCUUGAUACUAAACCAUAUGAAAUAUAGAACAUUGGAAGUCCAAGAAGAAAUACAAUAUAUGCUGAAUAGGAUGCCUAUAUUAGAAUAUCUAGAAAUAAACAAUUAUAAUGAUAAUAUGACUUGCCAUGAUUAUGGGCCUCUAUCGCGUCUGACACGUUUGCAGCAUCUCUUGGUGUCGAUACAAGUGCCCGAUGAGGGUGUGGAAGCUAUAUUGCAGAACUGCAAGGAGUUAACUAGCUUGAAUUUCUCAGAUUGUGCAGCCAUGACCGGGUGCUCCGUGGCUGCGUCUGUGUGCCGCUGGGGCUCGCGGCUCCGCUCGCUGACCCUGGAAGGCUUCGAGGGAUUGAAUGACGAAGAUGUGAUCACCAUCAUCAGAGGAUGCCCCGAGCUUAUGUCGUUGGAGUUGAUGGAGUCGCAGUAUUUGACGCCCAACCUGCCGGAGCUCGCGUCGGAGGCGCGCCACGCGGUGCGGCCCGGCGUGCGUCUGCGGCUCCAUAUAGACUACAGCCUUAUGUCGGAUGAGGUUCGACUGGCACAAAUGUGCGAGGAGUAUGAUCAGUUCAAAUCGGAGUAUGAAGACCUGGAUAUAGAGUUGUUAUUGUUACCUUAA